UGGAGAUUAGAAGCAAGAAAGCAAAGAAAGAUUAAAUAAAGGGUUCUGAAAUACAAAUUUGAAAAAAACCGGCGAAGGCCGGAAUUUCUUGGUGUUUGCUCGGACGAACAAACCAAGACGCAAAACCGCUCCCCAACGGUCCCUCUCUCUCCCUAUUUAUAGGUCCUGGUGCGUGACUGUUGAGCACCGACGUCGUAAGACGGUCGGGUUAAUCUUCUUGGGUUUUCGCCUUGAUUCCAGAUAAUUCCUGGAGUCUUUAUCAAUCCGAGAUUUUAGUAUCCGUUCUUGAUUGCUGAAACCACUCAGCGGAAAGCAAUGCAUUCUAGUUGGAAUUCAAAACCCUCGAAUGAUUAGAUGUCGGGAAUGAUUUGGUUCAAUUUGAGCUGUAGAAAACCCUAACAAGGGGAGGAUGGCACGGACGGGGAGAUUAAGGGAGCGGCUCCGGUGGAGCAAGCUCUACUCUUUCUCUUGCAUCCGUCCCUCCGUGCUAUUAGAUAAUGACGCUCCCCAUUCUCUCCAUGGUCCUGGCUACUCUCGUAUUGUCUACUGCAACCAACCCCGAGUCCACCGCAAGAAGCCUUUCAAAUACCCUACCAACUACAUCUCGACCACCAAGUACAAUGUCAUCACCUUCCUUCCAAAAGCCAUCUUUGAGCAGUUCCGGAGAGUUGCCAACCUCUACUUUCUCCUUGCCGCCAUACUAUCCCUCACCCCCGUCACCCCGUUCUACGCCAUGAGCAUGAUUGCCCCUCUGGCUUUUGUUGUUGGGCUUAGCAUGGCAAAAGAGGCAUUAGAAGACUGGCAUAGAUUUAUGCAGGACAUGGAAGUUAAUUUCCGGAAGGUCAGCAUCCAUAAGGGGGAAGGGCGGUUUGGUUACAAGCAUUGGCAAAAGAUUCGGGUUGGAGAUGUUGUCAAAGUAGAUAAGGACCAAUUCUUCCCUGCCGACUUGCUUUUGUUGUCAUCUAGCUACGAAGAUGGGAUAUGCUAUGUAGAGACUAUGAAUUUGGAUGGGGAGACAAAUUUGAAGGUCAAGAGAUCUUUGGAGGUAACUCUGCCCUUGGAUGAUGAUGAGGCUUUCAACGAUUUUAGGGCUGUCAUCCAAUGUGAAGACCCAAAUCCUAGUCUCUACACUUUUAUUGGUAAUUUUGAAUAUGAGCGGCAGGUCUACCCUCUUGAUCCAAGUCAGAUUCUUUUGAGAGAUUCGAAGCUUAGAAACACUAGCUAUGUUUAUGGAGUUAUCAUUUUCACUGGUCAUGACAGCAAAAUUAUGCAGAAUGCAACAAAAUCACCAUCUAAAAGAAGCAGAAUUGAAAAGAAGAUGGAUAAGAUCAUAUAUGUCCUAUUUACACUUCUUGUACUAAUUUCGCUGAUCAGUUCAAUUGGGUUUGCAGCGAAGACAAAGUUUGGGAUGCCAAAAUGGUGGUACUUGCAACCACAGAAUACCACUGACUUUUAUGACCCAUCAAGGCCUAUGCUAUCUGGCCUCUUCCAUCUUGUUACAGCUCUUAUUUUAUAUGGAUAUUUAAUACCAAUUUCACUCUAUGUAUCAAUUGAAGUUGUCAAAGUUUUGCAAGCCAUGUUCAUCAACCAAGACCUUCACAUGUACGAUGAGGAGACGGGAAUUCCAGCACAAGCACGGACCUCAAAUUUAAAUGAAGAGCUUGGGCAAGUUGAUACUAUUUUAUCAGACAAAACUGGCACUUUGACCUGCAAUCAGAUGGAUUUCUUAAAAUGUUCCAUUGCGGGAAUUUCAUAUGGUGUGGGUUCUAGUGAAGUUGAAAUAGCUGCAGCAAAGCAGAUGGCAUCAGAAGCUUCUAAUGCACCAGAGCAGCAUGGCAGUGGUCAGGAUUUCUGGGAGGAUAAUAGAGGUGGUUUUGGAUCUUCAGAAAUCGAACUGGAGAGUGGGAUCAAUUGUGCAAUUGAAAAGCCACGAAAGCCUAGAAUUAAGGGUUUCAAUUUUGAUGAUGAUCGUCUCAUGCUUGGAAAUUGGACCAAGAAGCCUACUGCAGGUACCAUUCUUCUGUUCUUCAGGAUACUCACUCUCUGUCACACAGCAAUUCCUGAGCCAAAUGUGGAAACUGGUGGAUUUACCUAUGAAGCACAAUCACCAGAUGAGGGGACAUUUCUUGUCGCAGCCAGGGAAUUUGGAUUUGAGUUCUGUAAGAGGACUCAGUCAAGUGCAUUUGUCCAGGAGAGAUAUUCUUCUUCUAAGAACGCUACAGAAAGGGAGUUCAAGAUUCUUAAUCUAUUGGAGUUCAACAGCAAAAGGAAGAGAAUGUCAGUGAUUGUGCAGGAUGAGAGUGGGCAGAUUAAUCUUCUGUGUAAAGGUGCAGACAGCAUAGUUUUUGAAAGACUGUCAAAACAUGGAAGAAUGUACGAGGAUGAUACUAGUAAGCAUCUAAAUGAAUAUGGAGAAGCAGGCUUGCGGACAUUGGCAUUAGCAUACAGGGUGCUUGAGGAAUCUGAGUAUUCUGCUUGGAAUGCUGAGUUUAUUAAAGCAAAAACCACUAUGGGGCCUGAUAGAGAAGCCCAAAUUGAGCGAGUUGCCGAUAUGAUUGAAAGGGACUUGAUUCUUGUUGGUGCAACUGCUGUGGAGGACAAAUUACAGAAAGGGGUUCCGCAGUGCAUAGAUAAAUUAGCACAGGCUGGUCUUAAGAUCUGGGUUCUGACCGGUGAUAAGAUGGAAACUGCCAUCAACAUAGGGUUUGCCUGCAGUUUACUUAGGCAGGGCAUGAAACAAAUUUGUAUAUCCACAAUUAACUGUGAUUUGGUAACUCAGGAUGCUAAAAGGGCUGUGAAAGGGAAUAUUUUGAUGCAAAUCACUAAUUCUGCACAAAUGAUCAAACUGGAAAAGGAUCCUCAUGCAGCAUUUGCUUUAAUCAUUGAUGGAAAAACUUUAUCAUAUGCUUUGGAGGAUGAUUUGAAGAACCAGUUUUUGAGUUUAGCGGUUGAUUGUGCUUCUGUCAUAUGCUGCCGGGUCUCCCCAAUGCAGAAAGCACUGGUGACUCGGUUGGUGAAAGAAGGUACAGGCAAGACUACUUUGGCAAUAGGUGAUGGUGCAAAUGAUGUGGGCAUGAUUCAAGAGGCUGAUAUUGGUGUCGGAAUCAGCGGACUAGAAGGAAUGCAGGCUGUGAUGGCUAGUGAUUUUUCCAUUGCCCAAUUUCGGUUUCUAGAGAGGCUUCUUGUUGUCCAUGGACAUUGGUGUUAUAAGAGGAUUGCCCAGAUGAUCUGUUAUUUCUUCUACAAAAAUAUAGCCUUUGGCCUCACACUAUUCUACUUCGAGAUAUACACUGGCUUCUCUGGGCAGCCGGUGUAUGAUGACUGGUAUAUGUUACUGUUCAAUGUCAUUCUCACAUCAUUGCCUGUAAUAUCAUUGGGAGUAUUUGAGCAAGAUGUUUCUUCUGAAGUCUGCUUACAGUUUCCAGCAUUGUACCAGCAAGGACCAAAGAACCUCUUCUUUGAUUGGUAUAGGAUAUUUGGGUGGAUGGGCAAUGGUCUCUACUCAUCCCUAAUUAUAUUCUUCCUGAACAUCAAUAUUUUCUAUGAUCGGGCAUUCCAUGCAGGGGGGCAGACUGCUGACAUGGCUGUUGUUGGAACUGCCAUGUUUACCUGCAUCAUCUGGGCUGUCAACAUGCAAAUUGCCCUAACAAUGAGCCACUUCACGUGGAUCCAGCACCUCUUUGUGUGGGGCAGCAUUGCUACAUGGUACGUCUUUCUGGUUGCGUAUGGAGAGUCUUCACCAUUGAUCUCUGGGAAUGCCUAUCAGAUACUCCCGGAAGCCCUUGGACCUGCACCUGUAUAUUGGGUUGCAACGCUUAUAGUAACUGCUUCAUGCAAUAUCCCAUAUCUUGCCCACAUCUCGUUUCAGAGGGCACUCAAUCCUCUGGAUCACCAUGUGAUCCAAGAGAUUAAAUACUACAAGAAGGAUUUGGAGGAUCAGCAUAUGUGGAAGAGGGAGCGGUCGAAAGCAAGGCAAGAAACUAAGAUUGGUUUUACGGCAAGGGUGGAUGCCAAGAUCAGGCAGCUGAAAGGGAAGUUGCAGAAGAAAUCAUCAACAUUAGGCAUUCAAAUGGUGUCAUAACAUUUGUCAGAGCCCAUCAGUGGGAUCUUUUUUUUCCCCCUCUUUUGCCUCAUUAGUCCUUUUUUUUUGUGAGGGGGAAGGGGGGGGAGGAGCCUUAAUUUUCUCACGUUUUCAUUUCACCAAUUCAAUUUCAUAGCAAUCUACAUAUGGGAGGUUCCAUAGUUGCCCCCAUUAUAUAGAAUCGGCCUAUGUACAAUACUUAUGCCCGUGUUAAGUUGAAGCCUUAUGCAAAUAGUUGAGAUGUGUGUAUGGAUACAAUUUUGUUUCUUGGCUAUUGGUUCUAUAGUGUGUUGCCACUUCUGAGUUUUUAGUAGUCACUCUUCCUUUAUGUGCUAACAUUUCUUGGAGGAGACCAAAUGGGACACUAGUGUUAAUGGCUGCUUUUUUCAGAGUAAUGGCUUGCUAGUCCGUACAUAUCAACAAAUUGGUUGUUGGUAGUCUUUUAAGCAAAUGCCUCCAACCAAUACUGGAUUGCAACUGGAUUCUUAUCUUGGCUUAAGCCUAAGUGCUGGUGCUAGAGGCGUUCCUGAGGCAAUGCACACCGUAUGAAGGUUCAUGGAGCUAAUUGAUUGGACUUGGUGCUAGGCCAAGGGGCUUUAUAUGUAGCACCUGUGGAAGGAAAAAUUGAAAUGUGAUACAGCAGUUAUCAAGAUAAAAGGAAAAAAAAAUGCUCUAAUGUGAUGCUGCAUUAAUCAAAGGAAUUUAAUGGCUCUGACCACAACUUGAUGGCAGGUUGAAGUUCAAAGUUUACUUCCAAGUGGUUUCAACCAUUUUGACAGAAAGGUAAUCCAGCUAUUUUAUUGUGAGAGAAACAAGGACCUCGUCUAUACAGAAUUAUACUGGCCUUCUUUAGAUGUUCAAUUUUAAGUCAGUCACUUGAGGACAAUGAACCUAGUUACCAUCAGAUGAUAGCUAGUGGCAGAUGUAAUCCAGUGAAAGGGAGGCAAAAAAGAGGCAAGUUUGGGAGCAUAAAUGGAACUUUCCUGAUGGAAUUUGGUUAUUUGUAUUGUAGAGUUUGAUUAUCAUUUUCUUUUCCAUUCAAGGCCUGUUAGAGCUCGUUGCUGGUGUGGUUGACUGCACUAUCAUCGUCAAGCUCUCUUCCGGCAAUCUCUUAGCAUGCAUGCCCCUCAAUCAGCUGUUGGACCAAUCAAUUAGACUGACUGUGAUUCACACUUGCGGCUACAGCCAUACAUUAAAUUAGGUCCAGAUUUUUGUUGAAGUGGCUAACUGAGAUCCAUUUUAUUGCACAGAAUUCAUUGUUCACUAAACAAGUUUGGCCUAAAAUUUUUACAGAUUUCGGCUGGUCAGAUGUGUUGUCAAAACAGGUAAGGGUUGUACCAGCUUGAUGCUGCAUGAGUAAAUGUUUGGCAAUAUAUUCCUAGGACAACUUAAUGUUCUCCUUGAGAAUAAUGCUCUCCUGUAAACCAUGGUACAUGGACCACAGAGAGGCCCAUAAUGAGAGCUGCAAACUUAAAAACACUAUCGGUGUAGUUGCUUGUCAUGUCGUUACCACUUGCCAAGGCCCUGUUCAGUUUGGUAUAAGUAGUUUGAAUGGGAAUCUGCUUCAUUGAAGUGGGUCCAACUCUCAUAGAUUGGAAUUUAUUUCUUUAAGGUCAUUUUGAAAAACAACUUUAGCUCUCUUUCCGACCAUCCUACCAUCUGAAGGGGCCUCACCCUGGACCGAUUCGAUUCCGAAUACUUAGCUAUAGGCAAGCAAAGAAGCCCUGAGAUCAAGCAUUUCCAUUGGCCACAAGCAGUUGCGCUUCAAGCACGGUGGAGAGGCAAAGCAUAUGCAAUUAGCUGACCGUAACAAAUCCUAAGAUGAUGCGCAUUUAGUCAGAGUGGAACUUUUAUAAUCUCAGAGUGCUACAGGAAGCGCCACUAACCAAACUUGUUGCCAUGAAAUAAAAGCGGGGAAGGGUUCAAAGCUUAGUCUUUCUUUUAAGACGCAAAGCAACAAAACUAUGGCAAUAAUAGAAAGAAAAAUUAUGUCGUCAUAAGGUUCUGGCGCUGCUCUCUUGUGCUGAAAAGACGUUCUUUACGUGUUGGGACUGACUGUUUUUAUUAUUUUAAAGCAUUAUUAAUUUAUGUAAAUACCUAAACAUGGAAUGUAUAAUUGGGGCUUACCCAGAUGAGAUCGGGUGAUAACGCUUGAUGAUAUUAAUAAAAAUACGGAGAGUAUUAUCCUGUA